CUAGUAGACCGGCUAGCUAACCCAGUGAGAUUAUAUACAAGCACGAAGUAUACAGAGCAACCGGGGCAUGACGUGAAAUUAUCCAAAUAUUCACUAUGGUGGACAAGAAUAUAUACAUCAUCCAAGGGGAGAUUUCAACAGUUGUUGGUGCUAUCAAGAGAAACUUCAGAUGGAGUACACACACACCAUUGGAUGAAGAGCAAGACCCUCUUCUGAACAGCUUCAGUCAGCUGAAGGAGACACUCAACAAUAUCAAAGGCCUCUCAGAAGUGGAGCCCAAUGUGUUCUUGAGACCCUUCUUGGAGGUAGUUCGCUCUGAGGACACAACAGGACCAAUCACAGGGCUUGCCCUUACAUCUGUCAACAAGUUCCUCUCCUAUGGCCUCAUAGAUGCCAAUCAUGAAGGAGCAGCAGAUGGAAUUGAGAAUAUGGCUGAUGCUGUCACUCAUGCCAGAUUUGUGGGCACAGACCCCGCUAGUGAUGAAGUGGUACUUAUGAAAAUCCUCCAGGUCUUGAGAACUUUGCUGCUGACUCCAGUGGGAGCCCAUUUGACGAAUGAAUCCGUGUGUGAGAUCAUGCAGUCAUGCUUCCGUAUCUGCUUUGAGAUGAGACUUAGCGAGCUGCUGAGAAAAUCAGCUGAACACACGCUGGUGGACAUGGUGCAGCUGCUCUUCUCCAGAUUACCACAGUUUAAAGAAGAAGCUAAGAGUUUCGUGGGCACCAACAUGAAGAAGAUUCCAGGAUGUAUCCUGGACACACAGGAGCUUAUUUAUGCAGAUCACCCUAAAAACACCAAUCAGAGGGGCUUAGAGAGGUUGAAGAUGCGGGCUGGUGGAACAAGCGAAUCAACCAAAUGGAAGAAACAGAAGCGUUCUCCCCGCCCCUCUCGUCACAUUGUGCCCAGUCCUUCAGGACAGAAGGAUCAGGCCCAGCUUAGCACGCUCAGCAACAAUCUUUCAGGCGGUGUGCCCUUCAUUGACGAACAGGGUGAAGGCUUUGCAGCUUUGCCCAUGUCUGACAGUACAGCCUCCUCCAUCUCCAGCCCUAGUGCUGACAGUGGACUCUCCAAUUGUUCUAAAGCCACCUCCAAAGAAGACCUCACAGACCUGGACAGCUGUUCAACAGCCACCACACCCGGUGCAGUGCCCUCAACUGAGCCCAACCUGGUAGACUCACAGGGUGAAGGAAGACGACAGGUGGAACGUACACAGUCGGCCUCGGUCGAGUCAAUUCCUGAGGUGCUUGAGGAUAGAGACCUGCUGGUGGAUCCAUCCGACUCCACAUCCGUGCAUGACAUGGACUAUGUGAAUCCUAGAGGAGUGCGCUUUACACAGUCCACUCAGAAAGAUGGUGCAGCUCUGAUCCCUUAUGGACUCCCAUGUCUUAGAGAGCUCUUUCGCUUUUUGAUUUCUCUCACCAACCCUCACGACCGCCACAACACAGAUGUGAUGAAGCACAUGGGUCUGCAGCUGCUUAAUGUUGCUCUCGAGGCCACACACAUUGCUCCCUACCAGUCACUGCUGGUCCUCGUCAAAGACGAGCUCUGUAGACAUCUCAUUCAGUUAUUAAAUGAAGACCGAAUUAAUUUGUAUGCUGCUUCCAUACGAGUCUGCUUUCUGCUAUUUGAAAGCAUGCGUGGACAUCUCAAGUUUCAGCUUGAGAUGUAUUUAAAGAAGUUAAUGGAUAUUAUUACCUCAGAGAACCCUAAGUUGCCUUAUGAGAUGAAGGAAAUGGCUCUUGAGGCACUUGUGCAGCUCUGGAGAAUCCCUAGCUUUGUCACUGAGCUCUACAUCAACUACGACUGUGACUUUUACUGUUCCAAUCUUUUUGAGGAGCUUACCAAGCUGCUCUCCAAGAAUGCCUUUCCAGUUUCCGGCCAGCUCUACACAACCCAUCUUCUCUCACUUGAAGCCCUGUUGACUGUUAUUGACAGUACAGAGGCUCACUGUCAGGCCAAAGUGAUGAACAGUGGAGAGCAAGAGCAAUCAGAAACAUUAACAGCUGAAGGAGAGCUCUCAGUCCACACCACUACAGAUGCAGGUUUGACAGAAGCUGGAAAGACUGUACCUGGUUCAAAUAAACAGACAGCAGUGGAGUCUGGGAUGCCAUCAGUAUGCCCUCCAACCAGUGGAUAUCUCAUGUCAGAAAAAAUGAAACUGGGUAGACAAGACCAAGAGGAAACUGAUUCUGCUGAAAAGAAAAGUCCUAAAAAGCCCCAGCGUUUUACUAGCUGUCUUCCAGACACUCAGGAACUGCUGGCCAUUAAGAACAAGAAAAAGCUUCUUGUCACAGGCACAGAGCAAUUUAAUCAGAAGCCUAAGAAAGGCAUCCAGUUUCUGCAGGAAAAAGGAUUACUAAGCAGCCCAAUGGACACCAAAGAGGUGGCCCAAUGGCUUCGAGAAAACCCUCGGCUGGACAAGAAGAUGAUUGGAGAAUUCGUAAGCGACAGAAACUAUAUGGAGUUGCUCGACAGUUUCGUUAACACGUUCAUGUUCCAGGGGCUGCGGAUAGACGAGGCUCUGCGAUUGUAUCUGGAGGCUUUCCGCCUUCCUGGUGAAGCCCCAGUCAUUCAGCGGCUCUUGGAGACCUUCACAGACAACUGGCAUAAAGUGAAUGGAAAUCCCUUCUUGACAAAUGAUGCUGGCUUUGCCUUGGCUUAUGCUGUCAUUAUGCUAAAUACGGAUCAGCACAACCACAAUGUUCGCAAGCAGAAUAUUCCAAUGACUGUAGAGCAAUUCAAGAAGAAUCUUAAAGGUGUGAAUGGAGGUAAAGAUUUUGACCAGGACAUGCUGGAGGAUAUCUACAAUGCCAUCAAGAAUGAAGAGAUUGUCAUGCCUGAGGAGCAGAAAGGCCUCGUGAAGGAGAACUACGUGUGGAGUGUGUUGCUACACAGAGGGGCCACUCCUGAGGGGAUCUUUCUCCACGUGAGCCCAGGAAGCUAUGAUCACGAGCUGUUCACCAUGACCUGGGGUCCUACCAUUGCUGCACUCUCCUAUGUGUUUGAUAAGAGUUUAGAGGACACCAUCAUUCAAAAAGCCAUCGCAGGGUUCAGGAAAUGUGCGAUGAUCGCGGCACACUAUGGCUUUAGUGAUGUGUUUGAUAAUUUAAUCAUCUCGCUCUGCAAGUUUACCACACUCAGCAGUGAAUCUGUAGAAAACUUGCCUACCAUGUUUGGCAGCAAUGCCAAGGCUCAGGUAGCAGCAAAAACAGUGUUUAACCUUUCACAUCGGCAUGGAGACAUCCUGCGGGAGGGCUGGAAGAACAUCAUGGAUGCCAUGCUUCAGCUCUUCAGGGCUGAACUUUUACCAAAGUCCAUGGUUGAGGUUGAGGAUUUUGUGGAGCCUAAUGGGAAGAUUCCUUUACAGCGUGAAGAGACUCCAGCAAACAGGGGAGAGUCAGCUGUACUAAGCUUUGUUAACUGGUUAACACUGAGUGGUGGAGCAGAACAGUCUGGUCUGCGAGGCCCCUCUACUGAGAAUCAGGAGGCUAAACAGGCUGCUCUUCUUUGUAUAAAGCAUUGUGACCCUGAGAAACUAAUCACAGAGAGUAAGUUCCUGCAGUUGGAGUCUCUACAGGAACUCAUGAAGGCUCUGAUCUCAGUGACACCUGAUGAAGAGACCUAUGAUGAAGAAGAUGCUGCUUUCUGUUUAGAGAUGCUUCUGCGUAUUGUUUUGGAAAACAGGGACCGAGUGUCAUGUGUAUGGCAGACUGUGCGUGACCAUCUAUAUCACCUGUGUGUGCACGCUAAUGAGACCUGCUUCCUAGUGGAGAGAGCUGUAGUGGGACUGCUGAGACUCGCUAUACGCUUGCUGCGUAGGGAGGACAUAAGCUCUCAGGUACUGCUGUCACUGCGGUUAUUACUGAUGAUGAAGCCUCACGUGUUGUCCAGAGUUAGUCGAGAAGUGGCUUAUGGUUUACACGAGCUGCUCAAAACCAAUGCCGCCAACAUCCACUGCACAGAUGACUGGUACACUCUCUUUACUCUGCUUGAGUGCAUCGGGGCAGGUGUCAAACCUCCAGCUGCACUGCAGGUCACCAGCACCAGCCCGGACAGUGACACAGGUGCUCAGUCUGACAGUGAAGUGAGCUCAUACCACCACAGUGAAGUCACUCUGGAUCGAGGAUAUACUUCAGACUCUGAGGUCUACACUGAACAUGGCAAGUCCAGAUUACCCCGCUCUGCUACUGAAGUUGAUGUGGGCUGGCUAGUGGUUGGGAAGGAAGACUUGGAUGGCUCUAAAGCACCAAUCGUUUCAGGUUCCAAAUCUCAGACUCCUCUGAUCAACCAGUAUAGUUUAACCUUGGGUCAGGACAUGGGCCUGCAUGACACAAAGUCGCUCAUCAAGUGUGUGGAGUCUCUGUCUUUCAUCGUGCGUGAUGCUGCACAUGUUACACCUGAGAACUUUGAGCUUUGUGUUAAAGCCAUUCGAGUGUUCGUGGAGGCCAGUCUUAAUGGAGGGUAUCGUACUCAUGAGAAAAAGAAGAACCAUAAACACGACUUAAAAGCGAGUCGGUUACGAAAGAAGCCUCGAGAGAAGGAGGGUGUGUCUCGACGAGCUAAACCCACUAGCCAGCGGCCCUCCCGUUCCUAUAGUGAUGAUGAAGAGGAUGAGGGGGUGCCGGCUAGCUACCAUACGGUGUCUUUACAGGUUAGUCAGGACUUGUUAGAUCUGAUGCACACAUUGCACACACGGGCAGCCAGUAUUUACAGCUCGUGGGCAGAAGAGCAGCGCCUUUUGGAGGCUGGUGGAAGGAGAAUUGAAGCUGACUCUCAGACUCUGUGGUCCAGUUGCUGGUGUCCUUUGCUCCAAGGUAUGGCAUGGCUGUGCUGUGAUGCUCGAAGGCAGGUCCGAAUGCAGGCUCUCACAUACCUACAAAGAGCACUUCUUGUACAUGAUUUGCAAACACUAGACCCAGUGGAGUGGGAAUCUUGCUUUAACAAGGUUCUGUUUCCACUGCUGACUAAGCUGUUAGAUAAUAUCAGCCCUGCAGAUGUUGGGGGCAUGGAGGAGACCAGGAUGAGAGCCUGCACACUACUAUCUAAGGUAUUCCUCCAGCAUCUCUCCCCCCUGCUUUCUUUGCCUACAUUUGCUGCUCUUUGGCUCACUAUCCUAGACUUCAUGGACAAGUACAUGCAUGCUGGAUCCAGUGAUCUUCUGUUUGAGGCAAUCCCUGAGUCUUUGAAAAACAUGCUGCUGGUGAUGGACACAGCUGGGAUCUUUCAUAGUGCUGACUCACGUACAGGCUACUCGGACCUGUGGGAGAUUACCUGGGAGAGGAUUGACUGUUUUCUGCCCCGUCUCAAAGAGGAGCUCUUCAAACAAGCAGUCAUGCCUGAGCCUGUACCUAGUGUCCCUGUAGAAGCUGCAAAUCCUUCGGUUUCCAUUUCUUCACCCUCCCCUCCCAUGCCAUGUUCUGCACCAGUGCCAGCUGCUCCUACAGAGCCAAAGACCCCAAGCAGACCCGCAUCACCCCAGGAUUUGCCAACACCCAGUGCCAAUGGUGAUCAAUUAUCUCCGGUGGCCUCCACCCCUGCGAUGACCACUCCAGUGAAGAAUUGCUCAGAGUCCCUGUCUCCCCUCAGCCAGUCUCCUCUAAUACUUCAGCCCUUAGCCUCUCCACUGCAGGUGGGCGUUCCUCCUAUGUCCCUGCCAAUCAUUCUCAAUCCCGCCCUCAUAGAGGCCACAUCACCUGUACCUCUGCUUCCAACACCACGUCCAGCUGACCCUGCUGAGGUCAAAUAGAAGACAUUAGUCCCUUUUUGAGAAGAACGGUGAGGGGAAAGAAGAACCUCCUUCACUGCUGUUCUUUUGCUUCAUUGACAUCAUCUACCUGCCUCAAGAUCAGUACCGACUAAUACAUUAAAUUAAAUGAGGCCAAGACUUGAAAAUGAAGCAUACAGUGGACAGAAAGUGGAAGUGACAUUAUGUGCUCCUUAUUCCCAUACAUAAACAUGCUCACACUAAGGUAUAUUACACCCAGUGCUGUUGAUCCUUCAAUAAUCCAGUCUGCACAGAUAUUAUUUAUUUUGAUUAAGAAUGCAGCGCUGGAAUGUGAGGAGCAGAAACACAAAGCUGGUAGAAGGUGAAACAUUCAGGAUUACAUUUUUGUUCGUUUGUGCAGAUGUCAAGUUGAUACUGUAGUAGAAGAACAUACACAUUAAGUUAUUUGCUUUAGGUUUAUCAUAAUAAUCUUUACUAGAUAUGACUUUUGGCAUUCAAAUCAGCAGCAACAUUUAAAUGUUAUCUAGCAUCGACCAAAUGUUCAUUCGCUGGUCAAAAGUGAGCAUUCUUGACACUAGCUAAUUGCUGGAUGCUUGACUUUUGUAGUACCAUUUCGCUAGUGUAUGAUCUCCCUCCACAUUCAUCAUCAUUGUUGUUUUUAUGAUAAACCCUAAAUUUAAAGUUUUGACCCCGUUUAACCAAGUCAUGAAUCAAAACAUUUGUAGUUGUCUUUGAGGUUACUAAGCAAGAGCUUGUAUGCUUACAAUGAGUUGGAUCUUAAAGCAUGAACUACUGUUCUACAAAGCAAAGUGAUGAAAAUAUGGUGGUGACUGUACUUUUAUGCACUACUUAGCAAGUACUAUGUGGUUUAAGAUUAAAUUUAAUUUAGGAAACAGUUACUAGCUGUUAUUGAGCUUGUCACCUUCACUACAGCAAUUCAAAGUACCAGCCGUGACCUGGGAGCAGAGCUACUGAAACAUAUAGCUGUCCUUAUAUGCUUUCUUUUUUUUUUUUUGGUAAAUUUUUGGUCCUAAUUAGGGCUGUGGUGGGUCGGCCACUCAAAACACACUUUAGAGACUGUGAACGGAGGCAAGGUGCAAACUCUGAUCUCUUGGGUUCUGGUGCUAUGUUCUAUCUAUGCUACCUAGUUUGCCAUCAUGAUGCGACCUAAAGUAGAGUGUGGUUACAUGCACACCGAUACUAUUACUAGUAAGACUUAUUUUUUACUAGUAAGACUUAUUCUAGUAAGAAUUUUUUUACAUUUUAGCCCAGUGAUCUACAGCUACAGGUUUUCUACAGCUGUACUAAUAUACACAGAGAUCAGAACAGCACCCUAAACUAUAUACUACCAUGCUAAAUUAUAUGACAAAGCUUUAGCGGUGUAGACGCAUGUGGUUUGAGAGACAGUUGUGAUUCAUAAGAUGCAGUCUAUUAUAUUGUGUCAAUGCACUAUUGCAGUCAUUUUCAAGCUUAAUUAUGCACCGAGAUGCAUUUAAAGCAGUUGAUCUUAUCUUUUUUACUUUGAUGGGAAAAAUGUAAGCCAAAAAAGGGGACAACUUCCCGGGUAUAGAGUUCCCACUGAUAUCACUUCUUAGCCACACCACUUUGCUACUUGUCUGAGUAAAGGCCAAGUUGCCUCCUGUCAUACUUCAUCAGCUCUAAUUAAAUAUGAACGACCAAUGGCAAGGUUGCUGCUGCUAUGAAUGCAGGGUCCGGAUUGCACUUUGUCAAAAAGAUAAAACUAUAAAACGACUCGAGUCCACACAAAUUAUGUCCAAUCUUAUUACACUGUCUAAAUGAUCUUUUGUUUACAUAUCUGGUAUGUAAGGUUUUUACAUUUACAUGUGUGCUCAAAGCAAAUCAUUAUAUACACAUUUAAAAAAAAGUUUGUCCUACAUUUAAUUAUGUGUUGAUUAUCUGAUGAAAAUAGGCCCUUCAUUAAAAAAAUAUAUAAACAUAAGUAAAAAUUCUAUAUUAAUCUUACACAGGGUCAGACGAGACCAGCUAUGUUGUCAUUAAUGCCACACAUUCCAGAAUUCUUACCAAGACUACUCGCAGGCAGAUUAAAUCUUCUGUGUUGUCGACAGAAAUCUGUAUGUCAGGUUUAAUCUUAAUUGUUUUUAGUUUUGAUAGGUCUUAAAGAGAUUGUCAACUGAGUACAGUAUUGACGUCACAUGUGCAUUAGUUCCUAUUUCUCAUGUUUGCGUAAUUUGAUGUUUAAGAUUUGGGCUGAUUAGCCACAUUUUCUUGACUUGAAUCUUGACAAAGAAAGAACAUAUUCAUUAUAAAUUAUAUAAACAAUAAACUUACAGGAGAGAAUUACAUGUUGAGUUAGCCAUGAGGGAUUCAAUGAUAUUAUACUCAAUAAUUUUGACGCUAAAGAUGCUUUGGACUGAACUGGAAAUUUGCUGGUUUCUUUUAAAAUGAAAAACAUAAACAGUGUCACAGGAUCAUGAAAGGAGAAGGCCACAACUUCUAACUGUGCUAUAGUUCAAAAACUUUAGUGUUAGUUUUAGUAAUGGACUACCUUGGACCUGCACAAAGCUCAGCAUUCCUCUGUGUGAUCUGAAGAACCUAAAGAACAUACAUUAUGUGCCGAGCUGAAGAAAUACUAAACAGCAGAAGUUUAAAAUUAUUCAGAAACAGUUUGCUGUUAAACUAGGAUGGAACCUUCUUGUACCAGACUGAAGCAGACUGUCUCAACAGGUGGCAGUAAAGAGAUGGAUUUGUUUCCUCUCCUACAAGUCAUGUGCUCUUGUUCUGCAUUUUAGAUCAAUCCAACAGUAAUUAUUUAGUCAUUUAAAUUAAAAUACACAUAUAUGUAUAUAUAAAUAAAAUGUACUUUUUACAAUCUAAUAAAUAUAUGGUAAACAGAA